GAAAGGUAAAUGUCAAGAGUUAGUUACGUUCCUGGGGCCCCUUCCUGCGACAUGACUUCCCCCAUCAUUUCAAGCGAGACGACGCCCCUUCUUCAGAACGCUCUGGUGUCAGAAGCCGACCGUGACGCCGACGUUUCCUGGUCCUCUCCAACCGACGGUUUGCCGGAAGGAGGAAAUGUGAGCCGGGUGCUUGGUCUAGACCACGUGAAUUUUCACCUAUUUGGGUCGCUCUUCGUCGAUUCGAUUCCUGUUAUUCUAUCCUAUAUACUUCAAAACUCGAUUCAAACUGCUUCAAUUCUCAUUGUGGGUUGGCUUGGCCCUGAAGAGCUGUCGGUUGCCGCAUUUUCACUGAUGUUGGCGUUUGUAACUGGCUAGUAUAUGGUUCCUUUCUCCGUACAAGGAUGAUCCCACUUUAUUAUAUAGGCUGGUGCGUCGCACUGGGCGGUACGACGGCUCUCGAUACUCUGGGGUCUCAGGCCUUUACCGGUGGCAGUCGUCCCACCGACUUGUCCAUCCACUUUCAAAGAUGCAUCGUUUUGUUAUGGAUUCUCGUGAUUCCUGUCUGCGUUCUAUGGGCCUUCAUCAAACCCAUAUUACUGGCGCUUGGUCAGCCUGAAAACCUUAGCAGUGACGUCCAGAGGUUCUUACGUGUGCUUAUUAUCGGUGCACCGGGAUACAUCGGCUUUGAGAGCUUAAAGAAGUAUCUUCAAUGUCAAGGGAUCAUGGGAGCCUCCACCGUUGUCCUCGCAGUCGUCUUCCCCAUCAACAUCGGAUUGAAUGUACUCUUGGUCCAUUUCACAUCUUUUGGCUUGUUGGGUUCUCCCGUUGCCUUAUCUUUGACUUACUGGGUGGCAUUUUUACUUCUUUCUGUCUACACGGCUUGGUCUCCUAUUCAUCGCCAGAAUAGCUGCUGGGGAGGGUUGCAAUUGAGUGCGGUAUUCCAUCCGCACAACUGCUAUCUUUUCCUCAAGUUGGCUAUUCCUGGAAUCCUCAUGGUUGGGACUGAAUGGGCUGCCUUUGAGAUUGUGGCACUGGCUGCAGGUCGUCUGGGCUCGCUUCCUCUUGCUGCACAAUCCGUUAUCAUGACCACGGAUCAAAUUCUUAACACGCUACCUUUUGGUAUCGGAGUUGCGGCGUCCAAUCGUGUGGGCAACCUCAUAGGUGCUCGUUCUGCCGUCGGAGCAAAGAAUGCUGCACACGCCUCUGCUUUACUGAGUGUGAUAGUGGGCCUUCUUGUCAUGAGUGUCAUGAUGGCUACCAAAGACGUAUAUGGUUAUCUAUUCAGUAAUGAUGAGGGUGUUGUUGACCUCGUCAGCAGAGUGAUGCCAUUAGUGGCAUCCUUCCAAGUUGCUGAUGGUCUUGCCGGAUCCUGCGGAGGAGUGUUGCGUGGUCAAGGUCGCCAGCAUCUCGGCGCUUUGUUCAAUCUCAUUGCAUAUUAUGUGCUCGCCUUACCGAUGGGCAUUACUCUUGCUUUCCGCUACGAUCUUGGUCUCCAAGGUCUCUGGAUUGGUCAAGUCGUGGCAUUGUUCACCGUCGGACUGGGUGAAUAUUCUGUGGUUUGGUUUGGAACUGAUUGGGACCUUGAGAUUCAGCGCGGCGUUGACAGAAACCGGGAGGAAGCGAAACGAAGAUCUAUUGGCAGGGCUUCUGGCGAAGAAUGAUCGUGCAACUAUACCAGAAUUAAGGAAUAAAUGCGUAUUGUGCAGUUACAAACUUGCAUGGCAAUAUUAUACGGAAAUUAGUAGCUUCCUUCCUAGUGGUAAAAAAUGCUACUACAUAAGUCAUGUAACGAUUGAAGAGUCGACUAAAAAUCAUGCCAC